AUGAUGCCCUUUUGCCACGAUAUAAUUAAUAUUUCCUAUGUGAAAAGUAGCUGGUCGAAUGACAUCCGUGCUUCCCUGGACAGUUUAAUGGUGCUCAUAGUUCUGACCACACUGGUUGGCAAUCUGAUAGUUAUCAUUUCCAUAUCACACUUCAAGCAACUUCAUAGCCCAAUUAAUUGGCUCAUUCAUGCCAUGGCCACUGUGGACUUUCUGCUGGGGUGCCUGGUCAUGCCUUAUAGCAUGGUGAGAUCUGUGGAGCACUGUUGGUAUUUUGGAGAAGUCUUCUGUAAAUUUCACACCAGCACUGAUAUUAUGCUGAGCUCAGCAUCCAUUUUCCACUUCUCCUUCAUUUCUAUUGAUCGCUACUAUGUUGUAUGUAAUCCAUUGAGAUACAAAGCCAGGAUCAAUAUCUUGGUUAUUUUUGUGAUGAUCUUCAUUAGUUGGAGUGUCCCUGCUAUUUUUGCAUUUGGAAUGAUCUUUCUGGAGCUAAACUUCAAAGGAGUUGAAGAUACAUAUCAUCAACACAUUCAAUGCAUAGGGGGUUGCUCUGUCUUCUUUAGCAAAAUAUCUGGGGUACUGGCCUUUAUGAUUUCUUUCUAUAUACCUGGAUCUAUUAUGUUGUGUGUCUACUAUAGAAUAUACAUUAUAGCUAAAGGACAGGCAAGAUCAAUUAAUAAUGCAAAUCAGAAGCUUCAAAUGUGAUUGGAAGAGAAAAAUGGAAUUUCACAAAACAAAGAAAGGAAAGCUGCAAAGACAUUAGGAAUUGUGAUGGGAGUUUUCCUGAUAUGCUGGUGCCCUUUCUUUGUCUGUACAGUCAUGGAUCCUUUCCUGGACUACAGUAUUCCAUCCACCUUGAAUGAUGUAUUGAUUUGGUUUGGCUACUUGAACUUGACUUUUAAUCCAAUGGUUUAUGCAUUUUUCUAUCCGUGGUUCAGAAGAGCACUGAAGAUGAUCCUAUUUAGUAAAAUUUUCCAAAAAGAUGCAUCUAGCUGUAUAUUGUUUUUAGAAUCAAAUACAUAG